AACACUAAAUUGUCUCGGGGCUACACUGUAGUAACGUACUUGGUUGACACGUUUUUUCUAGCCUGCGGCUGUCUCACGUCGAAUCAAAUUAUGGUGUGGACUUCGUAUACAACAACGCUGCAACCUACGCAGGCUUGGUGGGUGUUUUGGUAGAAAAUGAAGUUUAUUACUGUUGUUCGUGUGCACUGUUUUCAAAUAUUAUUAUAUGUAUUUAUAUUUAUUGUGGGAUCUUUCGGAGCAAAAAAUCCAAUAGUCACCGAUAAAGUGUUUCUAACUAUAGCAAUAGAUGGUGAAACUGUGGGUGACAUCGUAAUUGGUCUCUUUGGAGAGAUUGUACCAAAGACGGUGAGGAAUUUUAAAGAGCUUGCUUCUCAUAAAAAUGGUUUUGGAUAUCGUGGGUCUAGAUUUCAUCGAGUUGAUAAAUUUUACUACAUCCAAGGUGGAUCUUUCAAAUAUGGGAAUAUCACUGGAGGCACAAGUAUAUAUGGAAGGUAUUUUGAAACCGAGAACUUCAAGCUGAAGCAUUACGGCCAGGGUUGGGUAAGCAUGGCUAACUCCGGCCCAGACAGAAAUGGAUCUCAGUUCUUUAUUGUAACGUACCAACUGGAACUUUUUGACAAUAAAAAUGUGGUUUUUGGUAAAGUUUUGAGGGGAAUGCCAAUAGUAAAAAUGAUUCAAUCCUUGGAACAGGGAAGCGCGAAGCCUCCGAGCAAACCAUGCAUUAUUGUGAACUCAGGAACAAUAGAAGUUGAAAAACCUUUUCCUGUCUCCAAAACAGGUUCACCAGACAGAGAUCCUGUUUCUUUAAAAAGUGUUCAUUCUGAAUUAUAACAUAGGAAACUGCAUUUAUAAAUAUAUAUACUUUGUAUUCCAAAAUUAUAGGAAUAUUAUUGAAGUACCCCUG